AUGAUGCAAGAGAAUUUAGAAAGCAGCAUUGCUAUAGAUCACUUCACACUAAGCACCGACAACUAUUGCCUUCUGCUUAUCCUAAAGGCGCCAUGUCAUCCCUCGUCGCCUCUCUUCUCAUCGCCCCUCCUCUUCUUUUCUCUCAUGCCUCUUCUCUACUCUCCUCGCCUCGCCUCGCCUCACCUCUCAUAUCAUCUCACCUCAGCUCUGGCGAAGCUGACAUACUCAAGUCUACGCCUUCUGCAACAACUUGCAUUCGCCGAUCCUCUCGUCAUGUGUGGAGACAGGUGGCAAAUAGCUCUACGUAGGACACGCUCUGAUGGACACACAAGACCACGCUUACUUGCUAGCACCACAAGAAGGAGGGCUGAACCGUGUGUCUGA